AUGAGCAACGAUCACGAUGGUCACGAGCUCGACUCGUUCGGCCUGCGCUUCCCUCUACCGUACAGAGUUGGGUUCAUAAUUGUUGCAGGCAUCUGGGGUUGGGGUGUCAAUCUCCAUCUCCUCUACCAGUUCCGGAUAGAUGUUCCCGCGCUCAUCCGAUAUCCGCCUCGGUCGUCCACGAACCACGCACCUCAUCACGUCUCAGCGUACCGGCUCGCCGCCCUGAUCUCGGUCUUGUUUUGCUUGUCCCUCCUCACAUUCUGGACUUUUACCGGCGGAAGCCCCGAACGCGUCGUUGCGUACGACUGGAUGCCCGUGAGCUUUCUCGCAUCACUGUGCAUUCUCUUCCUCGCGCCCGUCCGUAGUUUUAUUCAUGGCGGCCGUAGCCGGUUCAUCGCGACCCUCAAGCGCAUCUCUGUCGGCGGGCUGGCCGAAUCUAAAGAUGGAAAGUUUGGCGACAUUAUCCUCGCCGAUGCGUUGACGAGCUACGCCAAGGUCCUCGCAGAUCUGUACGUCGUGAUGUCGACGUUUUUGACGCCCAAGGUGUCGGCCACGGAGGUCCCGAACCGUUCCGGGGCCAUCGUCCCUAUCAUCGUGGCAAUUCCCAGCCUGAUCCGGCUUCGGCAGUGCCUUAUUGAGUACUUUCGAGUGCGACGGUCGCCGCACAACGCAGCUACGGGCUGGGGUGGCCAACAUCUCGCCAACGCGCUCAAGUAUUCGACGGCAUUCCCGGUCAUCAUUCUGGCGGCUCUCAUCUCCCGCGUACCCGCGGAUCAGCCUAACUACGAGCUCAACCGCGCGUGGGUUAUAGCCUCGCUCAUCCAGUCCUCAUUCACGUUCUACUGGGACGUCGCCAAGGAUUGGGACCUCACCCUGUUCACGUCCGCAAGGGAGCGGUUUUCGGCCGAGUACCCUGCGGGGUUGAGGUGGAGAACGGUAUUCGAGCCGUGGGCCUACUAUGCUGUUAUCGCGUUGGACCUCGUCCUCCGUUUCACGUGGGUGUUUCGACUCGGCCCUGGCCUAGUUCGGCUCCGCGAUAGAGAGAAGACGGUAUUCCUCCUGCAAUUUGUCGAGGUCUUUAGGCGAUGGGUUUGGAUCUUUUUCCGAGUAGAGACGGAAUGGGUCCGGAGCACAUCCUCUGGGCUAGGCCUUGAUGACAUUUUGCUCGGCGACUACGAUGGUAAACAUGACGACGAGGACUAA